GAAAAGAACCACGGUUAUUUUGGCGAAAUAAACCGGAUGAAACGCAGGCUACCUCUGAGUUGGCGUGACUUUUCAUAGCCUGUYCUCGGUUGACUAGUUUGGCGAUUGACGCAUUCUUGUACGUCACGCAAUACAUAACUUAAUUGUGUUUCCUUGUGACAGCGUGUUUGUGGUUAUUUUGGAUCUUUCGCGACCAUAGCAAAUCAGAGAUGAAGCGAUGAAAGCGAAGUCUGUUAUAGCAGAUCAUGGAAGAGUUGCUGUAUUAUGAAGAAUUCAUCAAGAAACGAGAAAUCCAAAACAAUUGGAUUCAGUACUGGGCUAUUUUGAGAGGCACCAAGAUGUACUUGUAUGUAUCGAGGGAUUGUAAAGAUGUAGAUUUUUGUGAAAUCAUUUGGCUACCUCAUGGAUCAAAAUGUAUCUUACUCAAACGAAGAACUUAUAGUUUUAGAUUUCGACUAUCGACAAGCGAGGGAAUACAUUAUUUUAAAUGCGAUUCAAAUCUGCAAAGACAUCGAUGGAUUCACAUGAUUCAUUUAGCGAGCUCUGGCYGCUUACCAGAAAUACCACCAAAUCAUAUCAAUAUGAGAUGUUGUUACGGCGAAACAUCAUCAAUGGAUCUUACUGGCAGCACAAAAUGGAAACACUCUAGCCUGGAAAAUAUUGUCCAAGAGAAAGAUCUCAUCGAAGAAGCGUUAGAGGAGAAAGAGAACGACCAGCUGGAGCUCMGUGAGAAAGCUGACAUCAAUACAGACAUAACGUCAAAUAACGACAAUGAUGGCGGUAUUGUCACAGGCGAAUCAUCGAAUACAAAUGUUUUACUUGAAAAUAAAGAAAGUGAGAGCAUAAAAAACAAUUCCAAGAGACCCAUUUUAAAGAAAGACAACGAUAACAUUGCGGAGUAUGGAAAUUGUCUGGCCAUCGAGGCACAGGAAGUCGUGCCACCUGCAAAACAAACAUGGCCAUUCACUUUCGGUUCUUUUCGAAAGUCCUCGAGAAAACAGGGAAUUCUCUCGARAAAAGAGGGCAAAAAYGAUGAAARCGAUUCUCAAUCAUCAAAGAAAAAACAUGAGGAAAAGAGAGAUAAUUCAGUAAGGUUUUCAAUGGAUAAUCCUGCAUUCACAUUUGAUGAUCCCGAACAGGCCGAUUCCUCCUCUUUACAGCAAAGCAGAAUAAUCAAUGUUACUCCAUCUGAGAACCAAUAACUGUUACUAAUUUUUCCUCUAAUUAAGAACUUAAUUCCAGAAGAAAGUGAUUUAAAUUAAGAUAUUUGACAAAUAAAUUUUUGACAGUGAUAU